ACGUCGCUUGAGAUAUCACGUUUAUGACAAGUUUAGAACACGAGCAUACGGUCCAUGGUUUCCUUUUAAGUUUUAACAUAUUUUUUGGCGUUUAAAAUCUUAUCUUUAUCAACGUUUGUGCAUCUCACUAAGUGGAAAUAAAACAGUAACGAAGUUUAUGGAUAUACGUUUCUGUUAAUGCAAACUUUACUGGAUUUCGUGUACUGAAAGGAACAAAAUGUUGACUGCUGCGGUGUGUGUCGUCAUGGUCGUCUCCAUGACAUCACCGGUCACGUGGGCAUUUAGCGCGGGGAAUAUUGGAGGAAAGUGCGGAGCGUCUGCCGAUAUGAAACCGAGCCACGGGUAUGAUGAGCAGGCCACACCCUUCACUUAUACGCUUACUGUAGCCGGUGGCGCCACCACAUAUACCCCAGGCAGUCAACUCACAUUGAACCUUGCGGGUGGCUCCUUCAAAGGGUUCCUCGUCCAGGUGGUGGACGCUUCCGGUAACCUUGUUUCCGGUCUGGCACCCACCGACUCGGACGCCCAGGCUCUAACAUGUGUAGGAGCGGGUGUGUCUACUGGGCUUUCUCACACGACCGGAAGUGUGAAGUCCUCCCUCGCCUUUACCUGGACACCACCGGCCGGAACAAACGGCCAGGUCGACUUCCAAGUUACCGUAGUAGAGGAGUAUGUCACAUAUUGGAUUCAACAGACGGCCCUGACACUUACAGAAGGCGGGGCAGUUCCGCCCGUCUCCCUCCCACAAACCUCCACAGCCGUAAGCCCCACUGACAGUCCGUCACUAACAACUACUUCCGUUUCAAUUUCCUCUUCUACUACUACUACUUCUACUACUACCGAAACCCAGCUCGGAGGAAUCCAAGCAGACGCCGCGUGUGGCGUUUCGAAGGGUUGUUUCCAGGACUGCACGGGAGGCUCGUGCCGCUAUUUAGUCACGUGGCAGGACUUCGGACAGAACGUGGCCUUCGAGAUGUACGGAAUGGUGAAAUCCGCGGACUCUUACAUCGCUCUUGGGUUCUCAUCUGAUAGAAAAAUGGGAAGUGACAGUGUGAUCGAAUGUGUAGCGAACAAUGGCGGCGAGGUCCGAGUGUUCAAUUCCUACAACAACGGCUACAGUAACCAGAGGCUCACCCCGAGCGACUACGGUAUUAGCAAUUUCCAGGGAGGAAUCAGCAACGGCGUGCUACGGUGUCGCUUUUUCCGAAUCAAGAGCGCGAAUGGCACGGCCCUCGAAAACACCAUGUAUGACCUGAACCAAGACUGGCAUCUCAUGUUCGCUACGGGCCCAGCCAUGCAAGGAUUUCUGAUGAUGCCUCACUCGACCUCAGACUUACCGCCCGUCUCCAGUUCUCGGGUGGACCUUCAAUCCUCUGCCACGGCGGUCGGCCAGCGGGCGGACACUGACCCACUUGUUAAGGCACAUGGAUGUGUGAUGAUCUUUGCCUGGGUGAUGUUCACUAGUAUAGGAAUUCUCGCCGCUCGCUACUACAAAAGUGCCUGGUCGGACAAAACCUUCUUCGGACUGAAAAUUUGGUUCCAGGUUCACCGGGCGUGUAUGGUGGUAGCGCUCGUGCUCAAUUCUAUAGGAUUUAUACUGAUUUUUGUUGCAAUUAAAGGAUAUAGCACGAUUUUAGGAGAAACAUACUUAAAAUCUCAUCCAGUUUUAGGUAUAAUCGUCACCGGUUUAUGUUUAACAAACCCAAUAAUGGCGUUCUUCCGACCGGGCGGGGACUCCGACAAACGGUGGAUAUUCAAUUGGGCCCACUGGGGUGUCGGCAUGACGGCUUACAUCCUCUCAGCUGUUACGAUAUGUUUUGGAUUUAAACUGCCCAAAGCCCGAACGCCAUCCUACGCCAUUUACAUAAUGAUUGUCUACGUUAUUUACGUCAUCAUUAUUGACGUCAUCUUUGAGUUGAUAGAAUGCAUGAACAAGAAAGAGAAAAGUGCAAAGGUUGAAGGAAUGGAAAUGACGGCAAAGAAUGGUACGGACAAUGGUGCUGUACCCAACGGCAACAUCAACACAAAAGAUAAAAUGCGAAAGGUGGACAAGAUGAAGACGUUUUUCCUUGCCCUCCACAUUGCUUUUACGGGAGCAUUUGCCCUCGUUCUGACGCUAGUGGUGGCCUUGAACUGAUCGGAUUCGACCUUUGCGACUCUAAACGAGUGUUUGACCUUGACCCAGUUCAGCCAUGGCAUUGUUGACCUAUUAUCAACCUUCACAUAGGCUAUGAUCUACAUUCUACGCGAUUUGACAGCCAUUUUCACUUCGAAAUCAUUGUCGCCAUGGAUAUGCUAUAAACUUGAAUCGAUAUCGAUCUUCCACCUGCAUUUUACAUUAUUUUGCAAGUAUCGUUCACUUUAAAACGAUUUGCUAUCUGCCUUAUCAUACUCAUAAGAAAACAAAUUCUAAAAUCUUAUUUCAGUCCAUAGUUGCUUUGAACAAAUAAUUCAUUUGCACUCCACCGUUUUAUGACUGUCUGUCUUCUGCAAAGCUUUUGCUCUGUCUCUGUUAAAUUUUUCCAGUGAUAUGACAUUUAAAUACAAUCGAAUCUCGUUGGGUCGAACUUGCUUGGUUCGAUUUCCUCGUUGUCUCGAGCUGGAUAUAAAGGACCGAUCUUUUGCUUCAGUAUAUAAGCAUUCUUGCUUUCUCGAAUUUCCCUACGCUCGAGGUAUUUUCGCCUGUCCCUUGGGGUUCGAGACAACGGGGUUUCACUUUUACACAACGAACGUAAAACCAGCAUUUUAGACCAGAAAGAAUUUGAAAUAUAAACGUUAUUGCAUUGUCCUUAAACCAUUGAUGAUUUUAGCUUAGAUAUCAUGUGUUUGAAUCACAAUCCAUGGUAUUUGUCAUAUCAGCUUGAAAAUUUGGUAUAAAAUAAAGGAGAACCUAAAGACACACAUUUAGACAUCUCGUAUGAUUUCAUGUUUUCCGUUGUGAUUCGAUCAAGAUUUCCCUUCAACUUAUGUGCAAGAAACAAAACACCAAUAUCAUAUCACUUGACCAUAUCCCUCAUGAUCAUUUAUCAGUUUUUACGUUUUGGCCGCGGGCACCAACGAUUCUAUAUGCAGACAAAUAUAAACAUAUGUAAUGUCAUGUAUAAUUGAUAAAAAGCCAUAAUGCUCAUUUAUCAUUGCGAGGGCAUAGCGCUAGAAGAACGUAUCUCAUGCUGUGUCAAUAUGGAUUUACAACUUUCAUGCGCUUAGCCCUCGAUUUGUAAACAUAACUAAAGCAUAAUCUGCAGUCAUACCAUAGCAUGUGUAUUGAUAAAUAUACUUGUUUAAACAUUAUUUAGAAACACCCAAGCAAGCGUAUACUGUCGAUUCAUUUUUUUUAUUUUCGUAACGUUAAAAACUACAGCAUUUAUAUUAAAUAUUGUAACAUAUGUGACGUCAUCAGCGAAAGCGAGUCCUAUGGAGGACAACAUGACUUUUUCACAUUCGGAACCCCUAGGUCAUUUUCUAUGGAAAACAAUACUCGGAUGUAUUCCGGUACAUCAGUAGAACAAGUGCGUUAAGCUAUUAAUAAUAAUAAUAUUAGUUACUAGUAUAUUAAGUGUAAAUUGUAUAACUAAGUUCAAAUUGAUUCCAUAUUUAGAUUUCUAAAUGGAGAGUCCUUAGGUUAAACUGCUAAAUUUAAAUUACUACGCGAUCUACUUUCAGCGUAGUUAAAUGUAAAGAAUUCUAACAUUGUUAAUCGUCCAUAUACAUCCGUGAUUGUUUUCGAUAGAACAUGGCCGAGGGUCCGAUUGGACGUUUUUCAUUUUUGCAAGGUUGUAUGCCUCAUUUGAAGGAACUCAUCUCUAUAUAAAUAUAUUUUUCGAAAAGGUUCUUUUACUUAAUUUUACAUAUUGUUAUACGUUUCUUCUUUAAUCCCAUCUUUUGGUAAAAAUCGGUGCUUAUUGCUUAUGUGGAAAGCUCGACGAGGCUCUUUCAAACAGACGACGACACCAAUGUUUAGCACUAGACGUUGGUGAUUGUGUGAUACCGUUAUGUAUAUAAAUGGAUGAAUAAUUAUUAUAAUUGUAAAUAUUCAAAUGAACAAUAUGUUGUACCUGUUAACUGAUAUUCAUUGUUGUUAUAUUACAUUAAUCAUAAUAGUGACUUGAUUGUACAUGUAUAUAAAAACUACUUGAUGAAAUAAAUUAUUGACUUUA